UAAUUUGUAGUGUUCGCAUAAGUGAAAUAUGGAGCACAAGGCUUUGAUUGACGAGUCGUCCGCGGAAAACAAGCCGGCAAUUUGUCCCUUAGCCAAUUGCCAGGCUGUGGUGAAGCACACCCACUUGCUGCGCCACAUGAUUAGCGAACAUUUGGGUUCGCGGGCGCGCACUUUGCCCUUUCAACUGCGGCUACGCGAAGUGUCAACUGGUCAGCGCACCCUGCUGAUGCUCGCCUAUCGCCAGCUGAUCGUGGAUCAUGACCAAUGCCUGGCCGUGCUGAAUUGGAGCACCGAUUCCCGAAUCGACCUAAUGGCACCGCAGUUGGACCUGCCGCCCUGCCACCAAGGAUUGACCUUUCACCUGCCCGUUUUGGUGAUGGUCUGCAGGACCACCUGGAAGUCCCUCUUGAAGCAGGGCCUGCAGCAUGAAAACGACGUCCAAGUAACCAGGGACUUGACCACGGAAUGGGGCACUGUCUAUCUGCUUUGGCUCGUUUCACCCUUUACGCGGCGUCCCAUUUAUGUAAAUAUAGCCGUGCUGAACAGCCAGUUGCAGUGCGUGGUUCGGCGAAAUCGCCGGCGGGUUCGCAACUUUGCCAGCCGGAUGCCCAUUAGCCAGUUCAUCAACGGGCUGGAUCCGUUCUUUGUCAGCCUCAACGAGGAUCAGCUCGACGAGCUGUGCGAUGGCAGUGGCAAUCGGGUCUCCGUCUUCUUGGAGGUCAUAAUUAAGGGCGAGACGUCAUAG